UUGUUCCGGCGGGGCGGCGGGUCUCUCAUCGCUGUGGCAACUUGUGUGCGCGUGUUAUCAGUCACAGAUCCGUGCCGUGCAGUACGCCGCGGCCUCCCCUACGCUGAUUACCUACACCUCCGUAUCGGUCCGUUCGAUCUCCAUCUCCAACUUCGCUCUUCCCGUCGGAUUUUCUUCUCCCAUUCGGGCCGGCCAGCCCGCACCAUCAUCCUACUUCGCCGCCGUCGAGGGCCCGACGCCUUUGGCCUGUCGAGCUAGGCCUAACUCCUCCGUAGAAGCGAGUUCACGCUUCGUCGUCCGAACCCGGCCGCCGCCGGAUCGUCGAACAUCGCCGCAUCCUCGACGCGCUCGAACAAGCCGGCAGGAACCAUGGAGUGUCUGGGCCAGCCCGAAUCAUCUUGACACGAAUUCACUUUGAGCUUAGCGUUUUUUUUAAAGGCAACCAUGUUGCCCAGAUGAGACUGGCCCCACCACCACUCUGCGCGGGCUGGUGCGAUUGAAUUUGCGGACUGCGUGCGCUGAGGUCUGCUCUGCGCUGUCGGACAGUGUUCGGCUGCUGUCGCCGACUCGUCAGAACGAUGACUCAGCGGGAACACCGACUGUUGUGCGGCCGUCGUCAGCGACGACGUCAGUCCAGCAUUCAGCUGGGUCCGUGCAACGGAGCCGGCCCUGCCGAAGGAGACGGACUGCUCGGUGGAGUUAGCGGAAAAUGCCGCAAGCUGGGACCACCGCCCAUGAAGGAUGGCGUGGACUACGUCAAUGCCCACGAGGAGGAUCAAAUGGAGGUGGUUGGGUACUGUGCGGACAACCUGCGCACCCUGGCGACGUGGUGCGGGGUGCUGCUGACGGCAGGGUUCCUGCGGCUCCUGUUUCACUGGCACCCUGCCUGGAUGCUCUAUUGCACCCACCGCAGGUGCCCGCUGCACAAGGCCACCAAGGUGCUGCUUGUGGAUCAGUACCAACAGCUGUUUGUGGAGCCCGUCCAAACCAUCUUGCCUUCAAAAGUAAAUGUUCCCCUCAUGGUCUCUGUAACGGGGCAGGAGGAUUUUUCUCCCGACGGACCGAAUGAAAUGAAGGAGCUGGUAACCCUGAAGCCAGGUGGAGCCUUCGAAACGACGGAGUCUUUAGUGUUCUUCGAGAACAAGAAGGUCCGCUACCUCUGGGACCACGACCUCAAAGUGUUUACGAGGUUGAGGGGUUUCGAUAGAAAUGUGCCGUGUUCUUAUUUCCACCAGCAGAAAGGAAUUUCCCUCCAGGAGCAACUGGUUAGACGAGUUCUUUUUGGGGAUAAUGUAAUUAGUGUCCAAAUACAGUCAGUCUUUCGUAUCCUCUUUCACGAGGUGCUGGAGCCAUUUUAUGUGUUUCAAGUGUUCAGCAUGGCAAUCUGGUUCAGUGAUAACUAUUACUACUAUGCCUCGUGCAUUAUUGCGAUGUCGGCAUUGUCACUAGUCAGCGGAGUCUACCAGAUCAGAUUGAACCAGAAAGCUUUGAGUAGUACAGUCCAUGCUACAGAUGUUGUCAUGGUGAAGCGUAGCAAGGGUGUUUAUGAGAACGUCCCGUCGGAGCACCUUGUUCCCGGGGACGUAAUGGUGGUGCCCCGCAACGGUUGCGUGAUGCAGUGCGAUGCAGUGCUCACAGCAGGCAACUGCAUCGUCAACGAGAGCAUGCUCACGGGAGAGAGCGUCCCCGUGGUGAAGACCCCGCUCCCCAACCCUGGUGUCAGCCAGCCCUCGCUGGAUGUGCCAUUUCACCCAAAGGAGCAUGCACGGCACACGCUUUUCUGCGGCACCCGGAUCAUCCAGACGCGCUACUACGGGACCGAGAGCGUCGAGGCACUGGUCGUCCGCACGGGAUUCCUGACGGCCAAGGGAGAGCUGGUGCGCUCCAUCAUGUUCCCCAAGCCCGUGGAUUUCAAGUUUAACCGUCACAUCAAGAACUUCCUUCUCUUUCUGGCCUCUCUGGCAAGCAUCGGGGUCAUCUACACGGUUGUCCUCAAGAUGAUGCGGGGAGUGGCGGCGGGCUCUAUCAUAGUGCGCAGCCUGGACGUGGUGACCAUCGUGAUCCCUCCCGCGCUGCCGGCGGCCAUGACGAUGGGCAUUGUGUUUGCCCAGUCACGGCUGCGCAGCGCCCUGGUGUACUGCAUCUCUCCACGGUCCAUCAACAUCUCGGGCUGCAUCAACUGCUUCUGCUUCGACAAGACAGGCACCCUGACCGAGGAGGGGCUCGACCUCUGGGGGGUCGUGCCCGCCAGCGGGGGAAAGUUCCAGGAGCAGCUAAACGAGCCAUGGACUCUUCCCCUAGAAUCUCUCCUGCUGCGAGGCAUGGCCACAUGUCACUCCAUCACAGUCAUCGACCGGCAGCUCUCUGGGGAUCCCCUCGACCUCAAGAUGUUUGAGGCAACCAACUGGGUCCUAGAGGAGCCAGACAUUGACGACAAUGCCAAGUACGACGUGAUUGCUCCGACGGUUGUUCGUCCCAAGACCUCGAAGGAGGCCUCCGUAACAACAGCCUCUUCUCAAAACAUUGUCUUUUCAUCCGGCGAACCUGAGGUGACUUCCCAUGAGGUGGGCAUAGUGCGGGAGCUGCCAUUUUCAUCGGGGCUGCAGCGCAUGAGCGUAGUCACAAGGCGUCUGGGCUCAACUCACUUCGACGUGUUCUGUAAGGGUGCCCCGGAGACAAUUGCAUCCCUCUCCAAGCCAGAGUCUGUGCCUCCAGACUUCGGGGCCACAUUGACAUGGUACACGCAGCAAGGCCACCGGGUGCUGGCCCUGGCCCACCGGCCCCUGACGGCUGGCCUUGCCAAGGUGCACCGGCUGCCCCGGGAGGAGCUCGAGUGCGGUCUCACCUUUGUCGGGCUCCUGGUCAUGGAGAACCGGCUCAAGCCCGAGACCACGGCCGUCAUCCGCACCCUGCGGAGGGCCGACGUGCGGGCCGUCAUGGUCACCGGGGACAACAUGCUGACGGCGGUGAGCGUUGCACGCGACUGCGAGAUGAUAGAGCGGGACCAGGAGGUGCUCAUUCUGUCUUCGAGCACAGACUCAACCGACUCGAUCCCCGUGCUCAGCUGGCAGUCUUCAGAGGCUCCUCGCUCCAAGGGCUCCUUUGACAGCCUCUUGACGCCCCCCGGAGUAACAGUCAUUUCCAUAAAACCCAACCACCCCCAUGUUGCCAUCACCGGAAAAACGUUUGCCGUGCUUCGGGAACACUACCCGGACAUUCUGCGACGGGUGGCGGUGUGUGGCACGGUGUUUGCCCGCAUGGCACCAGACCAGAAGCAGCAGCUCAUCGAGCUUCUUCAGGAAAUGGGGUACUACGUUGGGAUGUGCGGUGAUGGAGCAAAUGACUGUGGCGCUCUGAAAGCAGCACACGCUGGCAUCUCGCUGUCCGAGACAGAGGCGUCAGUAGCCUCUCCGUUUACCUCCAAGGUGGCCAACAUUUCCUGCGUCCCCACACUCAUCAAGGAGGGCCGUGCAGCGCUGGUGACGUCGUUUGGAAUCCUCAAGUACAUGGCAUGCUACAGCAUGACCCAGUUCACGUCGGUGCUCAUCCUCUACUCACUGUAUAGCAACCUGACCGACCUCGAGUUCCUCUACAUCGACCUCUUCCUCAUCACCCUCUUUGCCGCUCUCUUUGGCCGGACGGAGCCCCACCCUGUGCUGCACAAGCGACCGCCCCCGUCCAGCCUGAUGGGCAUCACCCCGCUGGCAUCCAUCCUCAGUCAGAUCGUUCUAGUCAUCGUCACGCAGGUCUUCGCCCUCGUCACCCUCUGGGGCCAGAAGUGGUACCGUCCGCAUGUGGCUUUCGACAGUAGCAACCGCGAGGAGGAGGAGCUGCAGUGCCACGACAACUACGCCGUGUUUGCAGUGUCUGUCUUUCAGUACAUCACACUGGCAGUGAUCUUCUCUCGUGGCCGCCCCUACCGCAAGUCUAUCCUGUCCAAUUACCUCUUCAUGGGAUCUCUAGUUGUCAUGACAAGCUUCACCCUCUACCUGAUCCUUUAUCCAGCGGACUUCCUCGUCAAUGCCUUGGAGCUUGACAUCGCAGACGCAGAUAUUGGAUUUCGGUGUAUAUGCGCUGCCAUUGCACUGAGCCAUUUCGUCAUCGCCUACGUCCUGGAGAACUACUUUGUGCAGGGCUUCCUGUUCAAGCAGGUGCAGAUGCGCUUCUACAGCGGAAGGCCCCCGUACAAGGAGCUGCAGGAGGAGCUGAGAGGGGACCAGUCACCCUGGGCCCCGCUCUCGCGGGAGUCGUCGAUCACGAGUGCUCCCAGCUCCCACGAGGGUUCUCUGCUGCGGCCGCGCCUCGCCCUCCGGGACGACUCGCUGCCCUCCUCGCCGCCGAGCAGGAAGGUUGAGGCCGAAGAGCUCGCUGUGAUGGCCAACGGCACGAGCGGCGCAGUUGCCGGUGCCGCAAGUGGCGGCGGCGGCGAUGGGGACUGCGCACCCUACGUGACCCACAUGUGACGCCGGGACGCUACGCCCCGAUUGUCGCACAUUCGGGGAGGGUGACGAAAAUCCGGGGCCGUUCCCUUCGUGGGAAACUAUCCCGUGGCGCUCGACGACACCUGCAAAGCGUCGUCCGAGGGUCCUGCCUUUGGAAGGGUCUCGUAAAGUUGAUCUCUGGAGAGGCGAGCUUUUCCUCGGAUGGUGACGGCUGCUUAAAGCUUUUGGCGGGAGUACUUUUCCGCAUUAUAGGGAGCCUUUCUACACACUCCUAGACGUAUGGGAGCGAGAUGACGGCGGCCGAGGUAAGCUCGGUGGUGCCCUGCGCAGCGUUCGACAUAUCCACGACGUCUCUGUCGGUUUUGCUGUUGGAUUGUCGCAUCCAUGUUUGGUUGAACCAUCUCUUCAUUGGCUGCAAUAUCGUGGGGAAGGAAAAAAAUGCCAGUCCCACCUCCAAAGUCACCGACGACCAGUUGGGCCCGGCUGGGUCCAGUCGUCGGCAUGCCCGAUCAGUGGGUUUUCUACUUCGGAAUGCCCAAUGGCUACAAUUGUUUGGUUUUGUACUGGAACCUUAAACGCCAACGGGACACCGUCUGAAAGUUUCGGCUACCGAGCUGUGACUAACACUGCCUUAUGCGAUGGAACAUUGUUGUGGUUUCCAACCUUGCGGUGCCUGCAUGUCGAAGGUCAAGCUUGUAACGGAAACGGGAAUGACCUAUUAAAUUGAGCUUAAUUUUUCUGCCUUUCUGCUUGCCUGGUAGAGGGAUACCAUUAAUGCUUGGCAUCCCUUAUCCUCUUCCUUUCUUAACUGCAAUCGAGUUGUGGUUUUUUGUUUGCUGUUUUGGCAGCCAUCAAACGACCAUUGAGUGGAGGACUCUCUGUCUAGCAAGUGGAGGAAGGAAGCUGUAAUGUUGCCUUUAUAUUUGAUCGUUCUGCCAUUGGAAGCUUCUGGGACCACCUUAUAUAGAGAGCUUGUUUCCUGACCAUGUCUCAUUUAGUGUAAAUUAAUCUUGAUUUGCUCACUACUCCUGCAGUCAAAGAGCAAAGGCCUCUUGCUAGCGAGUUGGGUAAUUGUCUCGUUGAAUUGGAUCACAUAGUUUUCGUCCUUCGCUAUUUUUAGUUUUGCGCUAAAGAAAGUUUUGGCCCUAAACUCUUGCCUCAUGAUAGCUUCUUUGUGUGGCUGACUUUUAAGUAUUUUUAUUGUGAUUUGCUCAAACAACUACUUUGUUUCCUACGUAGCGUAUAACGCUGUUAGAGCUAUAGGCACGAAUCUGUGGCUUGAUGGAACGUUUCCUUCGCACGUGCUCGCGCAAAUGAGGUGCUGCUUGCAGCUUUGCACCCAUGUAUGCCGUGUAUGAAACGGUGUUUAGGUUCCGUUUGUGCUCGUGGUAAGAAUUUAUAGUUUUAAAAUUUAAUAAUUGUUUCAACUCUGAUUUAAUUUGUAGGUAAAGUCAGUAUGUGUGAGUUUUGGUUGUACAGACUAGUAGAUAUUUUAACCUGCCGUCUAAGGUGCAGUUUACAGUUUAUCUGUCCUCGGAAACAUCUAUAUUUGUGCAAUAGGGACAAAGUAUGAAUUUAACACUUUUAGGUUGGAGUGUGUGGUCAGGCUCCUUUGCUACUAAAGUAUUUUUUAGGGCUACUGGUCAAAAGGGUUGAUUGGUAGAGGAGGAAUGCACAUACGAUAAGUUCACCCCUUAAGAGUCCCUGCCGAAGGUCAUGAUUGGCGCCAAGUAACCAAAAGGAAACUGUUUGCGUGCAUUUUCUCCACUUCUAGUAUCUCUCGAAGCACAGAUUACACCAUUGGCAUUUUGCAUCUACAUGAAAUAUCUUGUUCAAUGAUAUCUUGUUCAAGUCAAGUGCAUCAUCUCGGAGGAAAAAAGAAAAAUUGUUUCCCUGCUUUGGUGUCAGUCAAUAUCGGGUGAACCGACCAGGUCAAAGUGUUUUUGCACUGGAGGAACCGCAUGAAUGUGUCAAUGAUGCCACUUUGCUUGCUUGUCCUGCCGCACGAGCAUAGAAGCACUUCUCUGGCAAGUCUAAUCCUUGUGUUCUUAUGAAUCGGCAUUAUUGUUUCCAUCCAAAGUUGCCUUUAGGUCAACACCUUUUUGUCUUGGCCUUGAGAAGUUUCGUCUUGGUUCUUCGGCAUGAAAGGGAAAGCUCCGGGCUAGCGAAGAAUUGGUUUUCAAAAUGUGCUCCAAAGUACUUAGCAUGUCAAUACGUUCAAAAUCUUCUCGCUUUUCGGGCACCAAACUUUUGUAAAGCGAAGCGACAAUUGUUUUCAGCUCUAAAAAUGCCUCAUCACAACAACAAAGCAUUUUUUUUUCUAAUAUUUUUGAAUGUUGAGAACAUGGCUUGCACUGGCCAAGACACAAAGAUGACAGGAGAAUUGUUUUGUUUUUUGACUAUAGUCUGUAUAUUUGUGCAAGUGCAAUCAUUGAUUGUGUUGGAGGCAAGAAGGGGAACGAUUACACGUCUUCCAAUUUCGAUGCCUUGCCGGAAAAUGCACGGAUUAUCAGCGGAAAACUGAGGUCCACACUUUUAAGCGAGCUUUACGGGCUAUACCCCCUCGUAAAACAUUAAUUUUUGGUUUUGAGUAAUAUUGUGGAGAGAAGGAACGCGUGUUUCUUUUCCUUUUGCAGUGCUAAAAGGGAGAGGGAGUCAUGCAGCGGCUUAACUUUGCCCACAGCGUGCCUGGAAAGCGUCGUAAUUCAAGACGGCACUUUUUUUGUACAGAUGUAGCUGGUAGCUUUUGUAUCUUUGUACGGUGUUUCGCUACAAGGUAUACUGCAAAAACCAGUGUCUACAAGUCCUUUUUUUUAUGUGAAUGUGCAGUUGGAGAUGCUCGCCUUAAAAUUUGUUUUUGUGCCGGAUAAUAAAAUUCUUAAAGACAAUCUGAAA